CGCCAGCCGCGCGCCCUCCUCCCGCCCCGGGCUCUGGCUGCCGCCGCUACCGCGCCCCACGCGGAGGCCGCGGCUGCAACCGGGAAGGUCGGAGGGAGGGUGGUUUCCUCCCGCCCCACACCCAGUCUCCGAGCCGGAUAUACAGAGUGUCACGUUUGGGAGCCCAACGAGGAGAGCGCUCUCCCUGCGGCGGGAGUACCUGCCGGGGCCUCGGGGAAGGACUGGGAUUUACAGGACCACUAGUUGAACCCCACCGCGUCGGAGGAGCAGGAACCUCUUUCCAUAGCUAUAAAAGACAAAGAGAAGAAUCAUGUCCAUGAUUGCAGCUUUCUAUGGUGGCAAGUCCAUUCUCAUCACUGGGGCCACAGGCUUCAUGGGCAAAGUGUUGAUGGAGAAGCUGUUUCGCACCAGCCCAGACCUGAAAGUCGUUUACAUCCUUGUGAGGACCAAGGCUGGCCAGACUACGCAGCAGAGGGUUUUCCAGAUCCUAAAUAGUAAGCUGUUUGAAAAGGUCAAAGAAGUCUGUCCAAAUGUGCAUGAGAAGAUCAGAGCGAUCUACGCAGAUCUCAAUCAGAAUGACUUCGCCAUCAGCAAGGAGGACAUGCAGGAGCUUCUCUCCUGCACGAACAUUAUCUUCCACUGUGCGGCCACUGUGCGCUUUGAUGAUCCUCUGAGGCAUGCCGUGCAACUUAAUGUCACUGCCACCCAGCAGCUCUUGCUUAUGGCCAGUCAGAUGCCAAAGCUUGAAGCCUUCAUACAUAUCUCUACGGCCUUUUCAAAUUGUAACCUGAAGCACAUCGAUGAAGUCAUCUAUCCAUGCCCUGUGGAGCCAAAAAAAAUCAUCGACUCCAUGGAGUGGUUAGACGAUGCUAUUAUUGAUGAGAUCACACCCAAGCUGAUUGGGGAUCGGCCCAAUACUUACACAUACACCAAGGCCUUGGGAGAAAUGGUGGUGCAACAAGAGAGUGGGAACCUAAACAUUGCCAUCAUAAGGCCCUCCAUUGUGGGAGCAACCUGGCAGGAGCCUUUCCCGGGUUGGGUUGAUAACUUAAAUGGACCUAGUGGACUCAUUAUUGCGGCCGGGAAAGGGUUUCUCCGGUCCAUAAGAGCUACUCCGAUGGCAGUGGCAGAUUUAAUUCCAGUUGAUACAGUUGUCAAUCUCACCUUGGCUGUAGGAUGGUACACAGCAGUUCACAGACCUAAGUCAACAUUAAUCUACCAUUGUACAUCUGGUAACUUCAAUCCUUGUAACUGGGGCAAAAUGGGAUUCCAAGUCUUGGCAACCUUUGAAAAAGUCCCAUUUGAGAAAGCUUUUAGGAGGCCGAAUGCGGACUUCACAUCCAAUAUCAUCACAAGCCAGUACUGGAAUGCAGUCAGCCACCGAGCCCCUGCCAUCAUCUACGACUUCUAUCUACGGCUCACAGGAAGGAAGCCCAGGAUGACAAAGCUCAUGAAUCGGCUGCUAAGAACAGUGUCCAUGCUGGAGUAUUUUGUCAACCGGAGUUGGGAAUGGAGCACAUACAAUACGGAAAUGCUGAUGUCUGAGCUGAGUCCUGAAGACCAGAGAGUAUUCAACUUUGAUGUGCGCCAGUUGAACUGGUUGGAAUACAUUGAAAAUUAUGUUUUAGGAGUUAAGAAGUACUUACUGAAAGAGGAUAUGGCUGGGAUCCCAGAAGCAAAACAACAUUUGAGAAGGCUCCGAAAUAUUCACUACCUCUUUAAUACUGCCCUCUUCCUCAUUGCCUGGCGCCUUCUCAUCGCACGAUCUCAGAUGGCUCGGAAUGUCUGGUUCUUCAUUGUGAGCUUCUGUUAUAAAUUCCUCUCCUACUUUAGGGCAUCCAGCACACUUAAGGUCUAAGAACAUUCAGCAAUCUCCUUUUAUCUGGAAUCUCCUGGAUACCUCCAAAACAGCAAACUGUGGUUCUUAAGAUUAGGAAGUAACAAAGAAUAUGCCCAAGCUCAUUAACUGUCAAACGUCUUGUCAUGUAUUCAUCCCUAUUUCUUCCCUAUGUAUUGUUUUUAUUUAAGUGAGAAAAGGAAAGUCAUAUCUUAGCCUACAAUCAUACAUAUCUUAGGAAAAUUUGUUUUCAGAUUGCCUCCUAACACUCUAUGCCCUUGAACAUAAAACACCAAAGUACAUCUGUCUGUUGAUAUUUAGGGUUUUUUUUUUUUUCUUGAGAGGACUAAUUUUGACUAAAUGAACAUGGAAUAACAUACGAUGGAAGCUGAAAUAUGCUAAAGAAAGGCAGUUUUAACCUUGGAACCAUUCCAGGGGUACCCAGUAGAAAAGUUUAGAAUCAAGAUUAAGGGACACCUGGGUGGCUCAGUUGGUUAAGUGUCUGACUCUUGAUUUUGGCUCAGGUCAUGAUGUCAUGGUUUGUGGGCUCGAGCCCCAUACUGUGCUCCACACACACACACACACACACAUGCGUGUGUGUGCUCUCUUUCACAAAAAUUAACAUUAAAAAAGAUCAAGUAGAAGAAGAAUGAUCUCUGCAUCCUCAGAUAUACCAUAAAAGAAGUAAUCCUCCACUGAAAUCUCAGCCUUUUUUUGUGUGUUAUACCAUGGAGACCUGAGUGAAGGCUGAGAGAAUUAGAAAAGUGGGCUCACAUUUAGCAUUUCCCUCAACUAUACUUCUGAAAUCUAAAAAACAAAAAAUAAAACAAGAGGUUUAAGUAAUUAUGUACAGAAUGAGGGCUCAAGUGUAUUUGCACUAGGACUACUUACUAUGCUUGUAAGUAAAAAUUAGUUCUUAUAAUUUCAAUCUGACAACUAUUCUUUCUAAAUCUUUUCAAUUACCCAUUUUCCUGAUGACCUUCUCUCAAGAGUUUCCUUCUCUUUUAUUGAAGUCACCAAACCCCUUAUAUUUAAGCUUAUGUUGCUCAGGCCUCAGUGACUAAUGGGAGGAAGGUACUAGGCUAGAAUCCUAAAAAACCAGUCCCUGGACCUUUGCCAAUGAGAAAGCAAAAUUCCAAAUACAAGUGUAAAUGCUAGUUUUGGUUUUUUGUAUAGUGGGAAAAUUACUCCUCUGUGAUCAUCAGGACUUACUAGUAUCUUGAUCAUCCCAAGUGGACAACGUUAAGUUUACAAUGUACAGCAGAAGAGGACAGACUUCACGAAGUGACUUUAAGUUCAGAGAAUAGGUGUUGUUUUGUUUAAAAAUGUUUUAUGUAUACUAUCAAUGAAUUAAUAGUUUUUGUUCCCAAAUUCCUAUAUUAAUAAUAUAGCUGUUAUCCUAACUUUCAUCGUAUUUGAGAUAUCAGUGCAUGCUGGAUUGCAGCAUUUCAUGUUAAAAACAUGAAAUAUUAUUAGGGCCUGAGCAAUUAAAAAUAAUCAUAACUACUGGCAAAUGACACAAGCAUAAAACGGUAACGAUGGCAGUUACUUAUAUUUAUGCUCUCUGGAAUGAUAUGUAAUACUCAGCACAUUCACGUAGUUAAGUGCACAGGGCUUGAAGGCAGCUUCUAGCCUGCUAUUACUUGAGAUUUUUCUCAACACCAUAAAGGGCAUUUGGGGGGAACUGUUCUGGGCAAUGUCUUUUCCAAUCUCAUCUAAGGUCUGGGAACUUCUUUUCAGGGCAUACAACCCAGCUCUGAAACAAAGCACUUGGUGAUUUUUAGUUUGAGAUGUCUAUAUGAUACUUCUGAGUUACAUUGAUUAAGAUACAAACUAUAGAUAUAAUAAAAAUGAAAUCAAGAUAUAAAUUCAAUGAGGUUGGAUAAAACAUAAUUAUUCUAAGAAUUUACUACCUUUUGAUUUUUGUUUUCACUAAUUCCAUAAAUUCCACUAAUCCAGUAUUCAUUUUGAUUUUUGAUUAAAUGAAAGUUUGAAUUAAAAAUGUUUUCCUCUUCUAGUGUUGUAUCUUUAACUGCUGACUACUACAGAUCUCCUCCCUCCCCUGAGAAAAAGAUAUAAUCUUCCAAAGAUGAUUACCAGAUGAAUAUAAAUUAACAUAUAGAUACAUAAUGCUUCA